UCGGGGGGAAGGCGAUUGUGUGACACAGGGUCGGGGACAGGAAGCAGUAAGUGAAGCCGUUUCCCGCCAAUUCCUCCCGGAGCGGAGGAGCGAGGGCUGGAGUUCCUGACACGGCACAGGGAGGGCGAUGGCGGAGGUUCUGGCGGCGCCGCGCACCAGGAUCAACACCGGCCUCAUCUCAGAGCACAGCGACAAACCCGUGUGCUUCGUGGGCAGAGUACAGAGGGUUCACCCCACCGGGACCUCAUUUAUUCUGCAAGAUGGUGAAGGAAAGAAUGUAACUGUGGAGUUGACUGAUCCGCUGGAUGAGGAAUUGAGUGGUGUGGUUGAGGUGGUUGGAAAAGUCACAAAUAAAGCCAGUAUCAUGGCUGUGUCCUACAUUCCUUUCCGAGAAGAUAAGAACAGUUUUGAUCUUGGCCUUUACAAUGAAGCUCUUAAAAUCAUACACGAGUUUUCCCAAUACUAUCCAUUUGGUGUGACAGAAAGCAAUUGAUUCCACUGAUUAUACUCAUCAUUGGCAUGAAGAAGCUGCAGAAUUGGAAGACCCCUCUACAACAGAUACAGAAACAGUUUAUCUCUGGAAAAGUUCAGAACUUAUUUUUGCCAUCAGUUUACUUUGUUAAAAUACUGAUCGGUUAACGUUGGAAGUAAAAUUCAAACUAAAGUAUUGCUAUGGAAUUACAAUUUUCCCAUUUUCUGAAAUGCUACAAAAUAAAGUACCAGAAUUUGAGCAAUCUAGCUUCUGAAUUCAUUGAACAGGCUGAGUUUAGCUCACUAUUCCAGUAAUCCGGUCAUUUUUUAAUCAAGAUUGACGGCCUGGAAUUACUUUCAUGAAAGGAAAACAUGGAGUGAAAUUGUUAUGUUUUGUUUUCUAUCCUCUUAAUGUACACUAGUUUGUGUUGCAAAAUAAAAUGUCUAUUAUUUUCAAA